ACUCUCACCAAUUCUUAAAUAUGCCUCGCCAGACUAGACGCUCUGCCCCUGCUCAGCAAACACGACAAGCACACACUAUGCCCGCUCGUCAAGCUCCCCCUCCUGCUCCUGUCCAACGUCAACAACCACCAGCAGCCAAUCCUCCCCCACAACAACACUCUUUAACUCCAACACCUGCAACAGCACAGCCACCUGCAGUUGCGCAUACUGCUCCUCAGCAACCCGGCUUAUUUGCACAAAUGGCUACCACCGCAGCUGGUGUUGCCGUAGGCUCUGCAGUUGGUCACACUUUGGCCAAUGGAGUUUCUUCUCUUUUCAGUGGGUCAUCCGCCUCUGAACAAGAGCAACAACCACAGCAGCCGCAACAGCAGCAACAAUAUCAGCAACCUCAAUAUCAGACUCAAAUGCCCGCUACGAACGCAUGUGAAGCCGAUGCUAAGGCAUUUACUCAGUGUCUGGAAGCUAGUAAUAACGACAUUAGCGCCUGUCAAUAUUAUUUUGAAGCUCUGAAAUCAUGCCAGCAAAUGGCUUCCCAUUAUUAGACAUUUAUUAACUGCAUUAUAGAGCAGCAUAGUCAUUUUUGGGCGUAUGGACAAAAUGAUUCUGUUGGAAAAUAAAUCUUUUCAUUAUCAUUGACUAAAAACUGCAUUUGAACCUUGA